AUGUUCUUCCGUGGAAGUCUCUGGCUUUGGUUAUAUAUCAAAGCAGGUGACAUUUUAGGGAUGCAGCUAAGUAACCCAGAGCCACAUGGCAAAAAUAACUGUUAUCAGCUCAACAGGUUUCACUGCAACUUUGACGAAGCAGAAAAUUACUGUUAUGCCCUGGGAGGGGAACUUGCUUACACUUGGAACCAAGAGGUUCAAGGACUCAUCUGGGACUUUCUGGAAAAGGGGAAGAAGUGGUGGACUGGGAAGAAUUUGUUGCUGCAGGAAAAACGUCAGUCGAGAAAGAACCCAGAUGUCACGCACCAGGCCACAAAGCUCAAGAACUGCACGUACAUAUCCAGAACCGGCAGCCAGCUGUGGUCUGACAAGGACUGGUGCACACAGAAGCAUUACUUCAUUUGCCAGGCAGACACCUUUUUAAACCAAGAUACCAGUUAUAAAAGAAAUGGAAAUAAUUCACACUUAUAUUGGAGUCCUGAGAAGACAAAAAGAGAAAUUACAAUCCCAAAAGACAAAAGGAGCACAGAUACUCAUCUUUCAAAUACAUGUCACCUCUCUAGUGCUGCUCACAUUAAUCAUACCAAGACCCUAUGCCAUCCCAAGAGUACAGUUCCUCUGAUACCACUUACAGCUCUGCCUCCCAGAGCUCCAAGCACAGUUGCCCCCAACAGUUGGCCUGACCCCAGGACUCUGGAACCCCUCAAACCUGCCUCAGGAACCCCUGCUGAGAAAGCUCCAGAGGAACCAACCUCUCACUCCAGCCCCACAGAUGCUUUGGCUGUCGAAGAAUUCACAGCCCUUCUCCACAUGUCAUUCCAGAAUGUAUCAGACCAGGCCCUAGAUGCAAUAGCAGGGAACUUGAGCAAAAGAAUUCGUGGCUUGCAAACUCACAGCCAACUGCAGAGAGCAUGUGGGGGUCUCCAGAAACUGAUGUCUUUUCUCCCAAGACUUUCUGAGUCAGCUCAGGUGAACGUCAUUCGUUCAUUUAUUCACCUCAACAAACAGCUCCUGCUGAGCGCUCCUCAGAACUGCAGUGACAAGUCUGCCACUGUCUGUCUUUUUCACUCCCUCCAUGGUGCCGAAGAGGCAGGGCAGGAUAGCUGGCAAAAUUCCAAGCAGAGCAGUGAGCAGGUGGAAGAGAUGCCAAUUGUGCCUGGGCUGACCCUUGGAAACACCCCGGAAGCAUUUCUCCCCCAGAAUCGAUUUUCUGGGUCAUCCAUUUCUUUGACCUCCUCUGUUGCUACCCUGAUGCUGAGCAGUCGAAACAUAUCAACUUUGCCUCUGAGCUCUUACACUCUUGGUGAACCAGCCCCAGUGAGGCUAGGCUUUCCAUCUGCCAAGGCCCUGGAGGAACUCUUGAACAAACACCCAGGAGUGGAUGUCCAAAUAACAGGACUAGCUUUUAACCCCUUUCAAGAUUUUGAUGAGACGAACAUUGUUGGAAGUAUCGGAAAUGUAUUACUAAGUUCUAAUCGUAAACUGCUCCAACUUCAUGAUCUAAUGGAAGACAUUGAGAUCACACUCUGGAGAAACGGGAGCAUGGAAAUGCAUCCCACCAGCCUCAACGUGAGUACAGAUCAUUUUGUCAUCUCAGUGAACAUCACGUCCUUCGAGAAGUCCCUGAUCGUGAGCAUAGAAGCAGAAAGGCCCCUCUUCCUGACCCUCUACCUGGGGUUCCAGUACCAGCCAAACCACACUCACUUCCACCGCAUGAUCACUCUCCCGAAGGGGCAGGGGCAGGAUGAUGAAGAGUACACGUGGGUACUGAGCCACAACCGGCUGCAGUAUGGGAUUGGCACUUACUACAUAACAGCUGUGCUGAACAAAAGCCAGGAUGGUGGUCAGCAGCCGGCUACCACGUUCUCCGUGAUCACGGCCGUCACUCAGUGUUACUUCUGGGACAGUCACAACAGCACAUGGACAAGCGAUGGCUGCCAGGUGGGGCCACGGAGCACACUUCUGAGGACACAGUGUCUCUGUAACCACUUGACCUACUUUGGCAGCGACUUCUUCAUAGUGCCCAGGACAGUGGAUGUUAAGGACACAGUCAAGCUGUUCCUCCGGGUGACCAACAACCCUGUUGGGGUGUCGUUGCUGGCUAGCCUUCUCGGGCUGUAUUUGCUCUUGUUCAUCUGGGCUUGGAGGAAGGACCAGGAGGACAGACGGAAGGUGAAGGUCACCAUCCUGGCUGAUAACGAGCCCAGCUUUCAGUUCUGCUACCUGGUUCAGGUGAACACAGGCUACCGCAGGAAUGCAUCCACCACUGCGAAGGUGGUGAUCAGCCUCUAUGGGUCCGAGGGCCGGAGUGACCCCCAUCACCUGUGGGACUCGCAGAAGGCAGUUUUUGAGCGAGGGGGGCUAGAUGUCUUCCUUCUCCGCACCCAGUUCUCUCUGGGGGCCCUGCACAGCCUGCGACUCUGGCAUGACAAUUCGGGGGCCAGUCCCUCUUGGUACGUGAGCCAGGUCACUGUCAUAGACAUGGUGGCUAAAAAGAAAUGGCUUUUUCUGUGCAAGUGCUGGCUGGCCACAGAUCUCGGAGAUUGCGAGCGUGAUCGGAUCUUCCUGCCUGUCUCAGAGAAGGAACUCUUCUCCUUCAGACACCUCUUCUCCUCCAUGAUUGUGGAAAAGCUAACUCAGGAUUGCCUGUGGCUCUCUGUGGCCACUCGCCACCCCUGGAGCCAAUUCUCCAGGGUCCAGCGGCUGACAUGCUGUGCAGUCCUGCUCCUCUGUAACAUGGUCACCAACAUCAUGUUCUGGAAGACCAACAGCUCUGCUGCUCGGAGAGGAGAACAAGUGGGUCCAUUUGCAGUGACCUGGUCCGAGCUCUGGGUCAGUGUCCAAAGCGCUGUCAUCCUCUUCCCAAUCAACCUUGUCAUUGGACGGCUCUUCCAGAUACUCCAGCCACAGGACCCACCGCCUCCAUCUCCACCUCAGGCCUCCUGCCCCUCAGAGGCAUCUCUUGAGCCUCUUUCACUCAAAAGAACAGAGGAGGAACUAAAGGAAACUGUGGGCUUCCUGCUGAGGAGAAAUCCGUGCUUACUCUCAGAGUGCCAGCAGCACUCAUGUGCUGGUAACAUCAGCGAACUGGUAAAUCUUCUCUCCACUCUUGUGCAAGCUCACUUAGAAGGUCAAGGCUGCCAUCAGCAGGAAGAACUCUCUCAGGAAAAUGCAGCUCCUGAAAACCACCUUCAUCUGCAUUGUUACCUGCUGAGGGUUCUGCAGAGACUGCAGGGUGCCCUAAGGAUGCUAGGAGAUUCCCAGGCUGCCUGGCCCUGGGAUUGUUUCGCUGCAGCCAGCCAGCUACAGAGAGCCCAAGAACUCCUGGAGGCCCAUAUACCUCCCACAGAGCCAGGGCCCUGCAGGGUCCCCACCAGUUUCCCAGUCUUGAGCCCAGAGGAAGAAAAGUCAUGUCUGCCCAGGGGCCUGCCUCGAGGGACCCUGUAUGUGUGCUGGCUCCUGCUGGCUGCCACCAGCCUGGUUACCGCCUUCUUCAUAGCACUCUACAGCCUAGACCUAAACAAAGACCAGGCCACCAGCUGGGUCAUCUCGAUGAUCUUAUCAUUUCUUCAAAAUAUCUUCAUCAGCCAGCCAGUGAAGAUAGUCUUCCUCACAUUGUUGUUCUCACUGACACUGAACAGGAGGCCAAAGUUUGACAAGGAGAAGGAUCAGCAGACCAAGAGGAUCUUAGCACUCCUGGGCACCACAGGUAAAGCCUGUUCUUCGUUACCUGGUUCAAGAAAUAAGAAUGACCCCAUGUAUGUUGCUCCAGCCAUGAACAGUCCAGUGAAGCGCCCAAAGAGAAUCUUGAAAGAGAAGAAGCUCUUGAAGCAGACAGGAGAGAUUUUGGUCCAGAUCCUCUUCCUUGCCUUAUUGAUGACCACAGUCUACUCUGCACAGAACCCCAAUAGGUUUUAUCUCCAUCAAGCUCUCCAGAAGAGCUUUUCUCACAGAUUCUCCGAAAUCAAACUCAUUAAGCAUUUCUACCCAUGGGCCCGCCACACACUUGUUCCUAACCUGUAUGGGGAAUAUAGAGGUAAGAACAUAGACUUGGGUGACAGCAUCGUAAAUUCAGGGAUGCUGCUAGUUUCCCAAACACCCUUCCCUGGUGCAGUGGAACAUGGACAGAGUUUAGUGGUGGUUUCUUCUCUCACUUCAGGAUUUGUUACCGACGGUAACGCCUUUCUUUUGGGCAACGUUCAACUCCGUCAGGUUCGCAUUCAGCCUAGAGUGUCUCCUCAAGGAAAAGAGAGGCCAUCUCACCCAGAUCAGGAGGAUACAGAGAACUAUGGGGCACACUGGAGCCCCCCAGAUACAAACACCACAGAUCCAGACAGCAUUUGGCAUUAUCAGUCUCAGGAGACAGUGGACAAAUUGGCUGCUUCUUGGGACAGUGGCAGUGGCUACGUGAUGAAGCUGGGAAGGAACAUCAGUGCAGCCCUGCGGGUUUUGCAGCAACUUGAACAGAGCCACUGGCUGGACCAGCACACCAAAAGUCUCUUCGUAGAGUUUGUGGUGUUCAAUGCAAAUGUGAAACUGUUCUGUGCAGUUACCCUGAUUUUGGAGACCAACAAUAUGGGUGCUUUCUCUGCCUCUGUGAGACUGGAAAGUUUAAUGCCUCUUCCAACAUCCAAGAAGAACUUGGUCUGCUCCAUUAUUCCACAAGUCAUCUAUUACUUGCUGAUCUGUUACUAUACCUUCAUACAGGGUCACCAGCUGAAACAGCAGAGGUGGAGAUUCUUCACAAGAAAAAGGAACAUCCUGGAACUGAGUGUGAUUCUCAUCAGCUUUGUCAACUUGGGGCUUGACAUGAAACGUAUUUCUCUGCAUCAGAAAAGUCUGGCACAAUACCACUCGGACCCAGACAGGUUCAUCAACUUCUAUGAGGUGUUAAAAGUGAACUCAGCCGUCAUCUACGUCGUGGGCUUCCUGGUUCUAUUGGCAACUGUUCAGUUGUGGAAUCUCCUGCAUCAUAACCACAGGCUGCAGGUCAUCGGCAGGUCACUAAGCAGAGCCUGGGAUGAGGUGGCGGGUUUCCUGCUGGUCAUCCUGAUCCUGCUGACAGGCUAUGCCAUUGCUUUUAACUUGCUGUUUGGAUGGAGCGUCUCCGACUACAGAACCUUUUUCAGCUCAGUUGUUGCUGUGGUCGGCCUCCUGCUAGGAAUUGCUCGACACGAGGAGGUUAUUGCUUUAAACCCCAUCUUAGGAUCAUUUUUGAUCCUCACCAGUGUCCUUUUGAUGGUACUUGUGAUCAUUAACCUUUUUGUUUCGGCCAUUCUAAUGACAUUUGCAAAAGAAAGAAAGUCCCUUAAGGUAGAAACUGCCCUCACAGAGGUCCUGCAACAGAAGCUCUCAAGUUUGUUAGGAAUCCAGAGGCAGCAAAAGACACAGGGCAAAUAGCCUCAACAGCAGUGGUCAUUGACAGGGAGUUUAAAAGGUGAGCGACUUUAAUUUCCUCACUAUUUAUUACUCCUUAAUUUAAUUUAAUUAAAUUACAUUACACGGUUUA